AGUCUAAAAUGCCGUUUUCGUCUCCGAUUUCACCGUCACUGGAAAGUUAUUCAGGACCUCCCUUUGCAGGAAGAACGGUACAAAAGAACCCUUUUGAUCAAACCCUAGAAUCCGAGUUUUCUCGUCUUAAUUUGUCAAUUCACCAAAAUGAAGACACAGGCCAUCCGGGUAAUUUUGGUGGUGAAUUAUUGGUCGGAUCCGGGUACCGGUUUGGCGGCGGGUUUGCAAGAACAGGGCAAGAGAGAAGUGGUGUUAUUGGUGAGGGUACGGAGGUGGGUUUUGAUGGGUUGAUGAAGGUGGGGCCAGAUACUGAAAGCUGGGAGACUUUCGUGUAUAGUUCGAAUCAGUCACAUUUGUUUGAUUCUAGAAGACACGAACCUUCACAUGAAUACUCAAUAUUACCCUCGUCGAAUCAAAAUGGCCUCUUGUCUGCUUCUGCCGCUCCUGGUGCCGGUUGCUCAAUGACUGGUUAUUCAAACAACAGGAAUAUAAUGAGAUCUAGAUUUAAUAGUCAUAACACUUUUCAUAAUAAUCUGACUAAUAAUAGUUUUAGGAUGCCUCGUUGGUCACAAGAUCCUUUGAAUUGUUUGAGUCUAGGUGAUUUGAGAGGUAGGUUUGUGGCAUUAGCAAAAGAUCAGUAUGGUUGUAGGUUUUUACAACAGGCCAUUCAAGAAGCUUCAAAAGUGGAAAUUGAAAUGAUUUUCAUGGAGGUCAUCGGUCAUGUUUGUAAGUUGAUGUUGGACCCUUUUGCCAACUAUGUCGUUCAAAAAGUUCUGGACGUUUGUAGCGAGGAACAAAAGGAUCACAUUCUUUUGAUGGUUGUUAAUGAUGGGUUUCGAUUUGUUAACAUGUGUCUCAAUCUUCAUGGGGUUCGUGCUAUACAGAAAUUGUUGGAGAAGCUUACUACUCCACAACAAAUCUCGAGAGUAAUGUCUGCUAUAAUCCCUAGAGCUGUUGCAUUGACCAAGGAUAUGAAUGGUCAUCGUGUGAUUCAGUGUUGCUUGACAAAUUUCCCUGACGAAGUUAAGCAGUAUCUUCUGAACGAGGUGGCAAAUAACUGUUAUCAAAUUGCAAUAGACAAAAGUGGAUGUUGUGCACUGCAGCAUUGUGUUGACCACUCUAAGGGAAAGGCAAGAGAGCGUCUCGUCAAAAAGAUCAUAGCAAAUGCUCUAAACCUAGCCGAAGAUCAGUAUGGUAACUACGUGGUGCAACAUGUGCUGGGACUUAAAGAUCAAUACAUAACAGAAAGUCUUCUUCAUCAGCUUCAAGGAAAUUUUGCAUCUCUUUCCUGCAAUAGGUAUGGAAGCCACGUCGUCGAGAAAUGCUUGGUGGAAUGGGGAGAAGAGGAGUCUAUGAGAAUCAUAAAGGAGCUGCUUAGAAGUCCUAUCGUGUCUAGGCUCCUCGUCGAUCCAUUUGGGAACUAUGUUAUCCAAUCAGCUUUGGCAGUGUCUGAGCGAGCAGGGCCAUGUUUACAAUGAUUUGCUGAAUCUGGUCUGGAAAAACUAUCCGAUGAUGCGCAGCCAUGUUUAUGGAAAAUGGGUGCUUGUCUGGCUCAGCAGGCUCAGCAAGAGGAAGAUGCUAAGCAUGUAACCAUAUAGAAUUACACAAGUAUAGACGUUACGAGAUUGUCCAAAUAAGAGAAUUUCACUAGGAAUAUAUCAAUACAAGAGUAGAAAUAGAAUUUUGUGUACCGAGUUUACAACUCGUCUGAUCCGUCCUGGUGUGGGAUUAUUGUGGGUGUUUGUACUUGUCUAGUCUUGUUAGUUGUCUAAUUAACUCUUGAGGAAUGCUACAGUUAGAUGUGAUCUUUAUAGCCAUGGCCAUGGACAUUACGUAGUUGGAUUAAAAGGCUAAUAU